UGAGGCAAAGGACUGUGGCGAUAUAGGGAUUAGUCAGGGUGUUUCUGUUUGCAAGGGUGUUCGGGUUACGCGCACCUUGACUAAUUAUUGGUGUCCCGGUCGCCCAUGUAUAGAGGGGGACGGAGGUAAGUAUUAGGAUCAAAGACAGCAACAUUUUCAAACCAAAACUCAAACUCAACCCACCACUUCAAAACUCGAACUCAAAUCUGAUCUAUCCACCCAACAAAAAAACAAGACAUUUGCUUUUAGCAAGUUCAAUCUGAUCAGAUGGAUCAUGAUCAAGACACACAAGAAGGAAAAGGAAGCCUUUAUUUGCAGAUUGAGGAGACUACCGGUUUCAGACUGCAGAGCUGUAUUGACAUGAAGAACAGUAGCAACUUAUAUCCCAAUCCCCCAUCAGGACCCACGGCUCAUCCACCGGAAAGGAAGCUAACCCUCUUGGCUCUCCGGUUAGCAGUUCUGGAAAAAGUAGCGACAGGGUUAGGAACUCUGGGUUUUAUCUGGGCAACAGUGGUUUUACUUGGUGGCUUUGCAGUCACCCUCAGUAAAACAGACUUCUGGUUCAUAACCAUGAUUCUGUUAAUUGAGGGGACCCGGAUAUUCAGCCGGAGCCAUGAGCUCGAAUGGCAACAACACCAAACCACGCUUGCAGGCAUCAUGAAAGUCAACAAAAUAAACAAGGUUCCGGAGGAGAGCCGGCGAAAGUGGGACCAGAAAAAGAUGCUGCCUCAGACGUGGAAGACUUCGAACUUCCCAAUUCUUCCUUUUCCCCAUUGGACCUUAAUGUCCAAGAAUGUCAGCAAGGUUCUGUUCGGGCUCCAGUUGGCAUCUGCAACAGCAUGUACAGUUUUGUCACUAAUGAAACUCAUAGAACAUAACUAUGGUGAGUUGGAGAAAGGAGAUACUGAUGACAGGAACCGCAAAGCGGCUCUAACUAUUUUCUACUCCUUGGCAUUGGCAGAAGCAUUAUUGUUUCUCCUGGAGAAAGCAUAUUGGGAAUGGAAGGUGAUUUACUGCAAGGUGUUGGAGGAGGUGAAUGAGGCGUGUGACCUGGGGCCUUCAGGUAUGGUCUUAAUUACAAGAUUCUUCUAUGUUGCCUAUUCGAGGUGCGUAAAUGGAAGCAAUUUCGAUGGCCUAAAGAUGGACCUAGUUUCGUUCGCCAUGGACCUCUUGGCUUCGAAUUUGCUGGACGAACAGCUCAUUGGAAUUCGCAUUCUAAAUAAAUUUGCGCUGGAUGAGCAGCUCUCUAACGAUGCUCUCCGAAAGAUUGGAACAACGUCACUGGUUGUGGAAAGGUUGGUCAAAAUGCUGACUUGGAAAGAUCUGGAAAAAGAAGAGAUCAGGCAACGUGCGGCGGAGAUAUUAUCAAGACUAGCCAGUAAGGAGCAGAACGCUCUUCGGUUAUCGGGAAUACCUGGUGCGAUGGCAUCCAUAUCGUCUCUGCUACAGAACCACAGGAUGCUACAUGGGGUUGAGGAUGAAAUUCCUGAGAAGAUAAGCAUCCACGAUAACGAGAGUUAUAGGUUAUGUACAUUCAAUUACUUGGGACUUCUCAUUCUAAGGAAACUUGCUCGGGACCAUGAUAACUGCGGAAAGAUAGGGAACACAAGAGGACUCUUACAUAAGAUCAUAGACUUCAGUAAAGCAGGGGAGAGGUUAUUGAAGGAUGAAAAUGUUGUGUUGCCCCAGAUCCUGAUGGUGAAACAGUCACUCCAAGUCCUGAAGCUGCUGGCUAGCACGACGGGGACCACAGGUAAAAAGCUCAGGUAUGAAAUUUCUGAAGAUGUAUUCACAAUCAGCAAUAUCAGAGAUAUACUGAAGUAUGGUGAGAAACAGAAGAAGUUACAAAAACUAGGGAUUGAGAUUCUAACAUGUCUGGGAAUGGAAUCGGAUGCAAGAGAGGAGAUUGGGGGCACUGGCGGAGUUCUCAAAGAGCUGCUUAAUAUUUUCUUCAAAGAGGGGAUGCCUGAAAAUCAGGACGAUGUAAGAACCGCAGCAGGAGAAGCACUAGCAAUGCUGGCAUUCGAAAGCAAGAGUAAUUGUUGUAGGAUUUUGAAUUUGAAGGUAAUUGAAAAGCUGAUCAAAGCAUUGGAAGUACCAUUUCUAUGCAUAAAUGCAGGAAAAAUAUUAAAGAAUUUGUGCAUCUACGUCGGAGAAGACUGUUCCCUGCACUUAUGGGGAGUCAUUGAUGCUUUACCUAUUGUGCUUGGAGCUAUCAUGUCAGAAGAGAACAAAGAGAACAAAUUGGAAGAAGUGUUGGUGGGACUAGCGGCAAAUGUCGUCAAAUUUAUGACUUGUGAAGAAUCGAGCAUCAUGUUCGAGAGAGCUAGAAUUCAAGAGGCUGAAUUGGCCGAGGAACUGGUUAAGAUUCUGAAUAAAUAUCAGAAGCCAACAAUCAAAACUCCGAGAAUAAGGAGGUUUGUCAUCGAGUUGGCAAUUUGGAUGAUGAGAAACAACGAAAUAAAUGUUCGAAUUUUCAAGGAUCUGGGUAUUGUAAAGGAGAUGCAAUCUGUCAUAGAGACAACAACCAAGCUUGAAAACUUCAAGAUUUUCUGUGGUCCCGUUGGAAUGAGCCAGGACAGCACAACCAUUCACUCUCUUGUUGAAAGCGCAAUGGAGUUACUGGACGAGUAGCAAUUCAUGGUGAUGUAGAAUAUAUUCUUUGCCAAAUAAUGUUUCUUUUUCGACAAGUCAGAAAAAUGCAGUAAUCGUGUAUAUAUGGAUGCAUGAAGCUUACAGGCUAUUUCUUUUCAUCUGUACCAAUCUAAUACCAGAAAUUUCUAUGAUGCCAGAACAAAGCUAUAUCUAUUGAGACUUUAUUAAGUCUAUAAAUUCUGUUGACAAUCUCAUUUGAAGCCCUUUC